GCACAAGUGUGGAGAAACAUGGAGGUCGACGACCCAAAGGUAUCGGUGGAUGGACUCGCCGGCAUCGAGCGUCAAAUGCAGCAACUGAUGCGGGAAGAACAGUAUGAAUCCACGGUUCUUCUUGGAGACAUGUUUUGCUGCCCGUCACCUGCAUCGACUGACAAACAAUUCCUGCAAGCGAUACAUGCCCUGAACCUUGUCUUCGCCGACGCCCUCGUCCACAUGAAAGAGCACAAACGCGCGUUGAGGUACUACACGUCGUGCUUGGCGUUCCAGUACCCCAAGGACGCGGCCGCACCUGAUGACAUGUCCACCGCAGAAGCCAGUCUUCGCCUCAAAAUUGCCAAGUGCAUGCACGUCCUUGACGACAUUCCGAGCGCCAUUCAAACUCUCGACCGUGUUCCGGCGACUGCGAGAUCGAUUGGAAUACACAUGCUCGUUGGCAAACUCAACUUGAUGCAAGGCUUCACUCGGAAGGCCGAAGCGGCCUAUCUUGCGGCCAUCCAAGCCAACCCGUACGCGGUGGAAGCGGCGUUGGCGCUGGCGGAAAUCACAGGAAAAAACGAAGAACGAAAGCCGAACCCGCUGGACGAGAGUGAGAUCGUCCAUUUGUACACUGAGCUCGGCGUCAACGAGGUUAUCGAUCCCACCGACGCCGCAUGGCUUCAGUCCCUUGUGGACGCUCACAUUCAGUUGCACAGCCAUCAACUCGAGUACGCCCUGGAAUCGCUCGAGGAUGUCGAACGCGUCCUUGGGACGACCCAGAGCCUCCACUGCCACCUCCACCGCGCCAAAGUCUUGAUGGACCUGGAGCGUCCCGAACAAGCCAUGGCAGCUUUUGUCCAAGCUCGCAAGUGCGAUGCCAACAGCGUGCUUCUCAUGGACGUGUUUGCUUUGGUGCUCAAGCAGUCGGGCCUCACGAUGCAGCUCAACAGCCUCGUCCGCGACUUGUUCCGCAUCAGCGAAACGAAACCCGAAGUAUGGCUUGCCGCGGCAUGUUACAGCGAUCUCAAAGCCGACCGCCCCGCUGCGCUGCAGCUGUGCGACCGAGCAAUCGCAGUCGACCCCACGUACGCGCGAAGCUACGUCUUCCGGGGGUACGUCCUCCUUGCGUUGGACCGACCAGAAUACGCCAUCAACUCGUUCUCGCACGCGACCAAGCUCGACAAAACGAUCGACGCGUACGAAGGGAUGGGCGAAGGGCUGUGUGGCAUCUGCCUCAAAGGCGUCGAUAAAUACAUGGAAGCCAUGAACGUCGCGCGGCUCGCCCUCAUGUACAUGCCCCACAGUCCCCGCGCCUACUUGUUGCUCGGGUCCGUGCUAUCCCUCAAGCCCGACAGUCGCGACAAGGUACUUGACGAAUCUUUGCUCGUUUCAUCGCGUGCCCACCGCGGAGACACCGCCUCCCUCCAUUAGGCGCGCAAAGCGUUUGAAAAGGCGCUGAGCAUGCGGCCCAAGCUCCUGCGCGCGCAUUUUGGCCUCGUGGACAUCUUGAUUGCCGAAGCCAAGUACGCGGAUGCGAUUCAGCGGUGUGGCCCCCUCCGUUUCAUGCAUGGGCUCACUUGACCGUCGCGCAGGCUCGAGAUGCUGACCCACCACUUUGCACGGGACGUCGUGUUUGCCAAGUUGGGCGACGUACACACGUUGAAUCGAUCGUAUGGCCUGGCGCUGCCACAGUACCAUCACGCGCUGUCCAUCAAUCCAACCUGUGUCAAGGCAUUGCGAGGGAUCGAUCGCGUUGAGAAGCUGUUGCGUGGCGAAGACGACUCGCCUGGUCGCGAUCGUCUCGAGUUUCCAGGCGAUCGAGACGACAUCCGCAUGGUCGAAGGAACCCGAGCGCCGUAGAAUGUGAGCUGCCCGCUCCAGUCGACAACGUCACCACCGUCCGUUUGUCGACGCAAGUUUUGCUGUGCGUCGUAGCGACAAAGGACUGUGCACGAAAUCCCUUGACGAUGCGGCAGACGACGACGUUGGCAUUCGAUAGAACAUGUUACGGCUUCUUGUCAAAGAAGCACGGGAACGGUCGAACGUUCGGGAGCUUGUUCAGCGCUUCCAUGCCCUUGAGAAAAGGUUUGUUGGGCGUGAGCCAGUCGUCGAGGAGGAGUCCUUCCGUGUACGAUCCGGGCGUGAUCGGGUUGAAUUGGUACGCGCUUUCGGGGUUGAGCGACCACAUGUAAGCGCCUGCGUACUUGUUUUGGACCAUCGUUUCGAUGGUAAAGUCGGUGGUCCGCUUCGUCGUGAGCAGCGGGUGCUUGUCGGUGGCGUACAACCCGCCAAACUCGCCCAUCACGACCGCGGCGUCGGUGCCGGCGAGGAACCCAAACAUGACAAACAUCGAGUCGGCGACACGGG